AUGAUUUUUAAAAGAUGUUUUCAUAAAUACCCAGGUGGAAGCAAAAUAAAAUGUUACAUAGAAAAAAAAAAAAAAAAAAGAUUAGGCGUUAGUUUAUUUCAUCAACCUUUAUAUUCUAAAAAUUCUAAAAAUUAUAUUGAUUGGAGAUAUUGUACACCUAAAUCUGGAUAUGAGUACAUGUAUAUAUAUGGUGAAAAUACAAUAGAAAUAACAAAUUUACCUAAUAAUAAAACAAAUGAAUAUAUUCAAGAAAGAUUAAGAAAAAGUUUAAAUAAAUAUGGGAGAUUAAAAAUUAUUAGAUGUUUAAGUAAUAAAAAUGAUCCAUAUAUAAAUAAUAAUAUAUGUUAUGCUACUUUUUUAAAUAAAAGGGAUAUGUAUAAAUGUAUACGAAAUGUUAAUAUAAGGUUUCCAUUAUCUUUGCAGUAUAAAAUAUUAAAAUUUAAAAGUUUAUAUACAAAUAAAAAGAAUGAUUAUAAUUAUUUUUUUAAACAAGAACAUUAUAAUUAUAGUUCUAUAAAUAUUGCUUUAAAUUUAUUCAAGUAUUUACAAUUUAAUAAUUGUAUGAUAAAUAUAAAAAAUAUUUAUAAACAUAUAUAUGAAUAUUCUUUUUAUCCAUAUAAAAUUAUUACAUCGGGAAUAUCAAUUUAUAAAGUAUUUAAUAAUUGGAUAAAUUUUAUUAAUUUUUUUGACAAUUUAUUUAUGAAAAUAAAUAAAAAUAAUGAAAUCUUUAUAUGUUCAAAAAUUAUUGAUGAUCAAAAUUUACGUAUUUAUCUAAAUAAUAAAUUAAUAGAAUUAAAAAAAAAAACAAAUAUAUCUAAUUCUGUAUACUGGAGAAACGAUUCUCUACAAUUACCUGAAGAAAUAGAAAAUAAACUAAAUAAUGAUCAUCCAAAAAAAUUAAAAGAAGAGUUGCAACUUUUAUCAAAAACCAAGGAUUUUUACAAAAUUCAUGAUGAGAGACAUUUAUUUAAAUUAAAAUUGAACAAAGAAAGAAAAGAAAAGAAGUUAUUAAAGAAAAAAAAUGAAAAGUUAAAAGAAUCAAAAUAG